CGCCCACGUGCGUCGACAAACGUCGUCACGCACUUCACUGAUACGGUGAUGACGGACACGAUAGCUAUCGAUGUACUUUUGACUUGAUCCAUGGUAUGUCAGAUCCACAGGAUAAAGUACCUGCUCCAAACUCCGUCCCCCAACGCAUGGUAAAGAGUGCUCGGAAAUCUGCUGUAAAAUCUGCCGCCAGUGGCGCAAGGAUCGAUGCACGUCCUAGAGACCAAGAGCUGAAUGAGAGACCAAUCAGUAGAAAUCAAGCACGACCUAAUGCUGCUCAACAGAUAGCUAGCCAUGAACCCCAACAGCAAACUGACAAAAAGAGAGUUACUUUUGAUCUUGCAGACGAUCUCGCAGACUUCCCGCUGCCCAUAGAGAGGCGUCCGGUCGCCCGUACAAGGGUUGCGCAGAACUCUGGACGACUGAAUCCAGGUUUUGCUCCAUCCGGGGCUCGUGAGGGAAGAGGAUCGUUUCCGUCUGAAUCAGCUUCGUUCUUUCCUGGGAGGUCUUCCAGAGCUGGUUCAGGAAGGCAAUCUAUGGCAGAUGUCCCACGCAGGGGUCGUGGUAGACAGUCAACUAAUGACGCACAAUACCAGCACCGUGCCGCUAAAUCACAACAACUGCGCCUUCACACACAUACGGAGCCACUUGCUGGAAAAUACGCGCGAAAGUUUGAGGGUAGAAGCAUCAGGACAUCUUCAUCCGUGCCUCGGAUGUCCAGCGCAAACAGGGAUAUCAGCCAGGAUCAUCUUGUUGACAGCUCAAGUGAACAUAGCGACGGGAGUUUGAACUACGUCGAUAUUGGCUUGACGCUGUCCAAAUUGAGAAGGGACGAAUCUUCAGACAAUAACUCUGUCGAGUUCGUCGGAGAGGCGAGCGUCCAGGUGAAAGCAGCUAGAAAAUUUCAAUUUGGACGCAAAUCGAAGAAGGAUCCACCCGACACACGACGUUCUGUCACUCCCCAGAGUUCCCAGAGCAGCGAACAAUCUGACGAUGAGGGAUCUGCGGUGCCCGCGGCUGCGCGCGAAGAUAGCGAGGAACUGGAAUAUGUGGACCUUGGUAUUCCCCCCCACAACAUUACUCGUGAGCAAACCGAUUCGUCCUCAGAAUCAGACGCCGCAAAAGGGGAUGAAGCGCCUACGGAACUGCCCUCAGACACUCUGAUCGAGGCUUUGGAAUAUAUAUCACUGACGACCAUCCGACUCGCAAGAUUACACCGUCUUCCCUUCAUGGUACGAAACCUCCGCAAAGGAUUUCUCAGUCGAUGCAAGUCCCUUGGAAUCGAUACGUCUCAUAGUGUUCCGCCUCUGAGACCUAUCACGGUCGUAUACAGCUGCGUCGCCGAAGAUAGAUCUCUAGAACGGCAGGAGACUCGGACGACAAUGCAAAGCUGGAAAUGUCCGCUGUGCGAGCUUCACGGAACGUUUCCCCUGCAGCAGAUUCUCAACGCACACCUCAACUCGGACCAUUCAGAAGUAGGUUUCGCGUGGGAUAUGAAUGACUAUACCCUGUCGAUACGGCUUCCAUUACCAGGAUAUCUUCCACUACCUCGACAUCGUCAAUUACCAGGACAUCAUCAAUUACCAGGACAUGUUCCAUUAUCCCCCCACUGGCGUCCGCUGAUGACACCUUCGACAAGGACCGCUUCGACAGAAGUAACCGACUUCUCAUCCAACAAUAUCAACUCCAGCAAAUACACAACUCCAGCAACCACGCUGUCUCCAUCACGAAAUCCUUCUGUGUCAUCUCAACAUUUUCCUGACGCGGAUUCACUUGACGUCAAACCAAAGUACUAUAUCCCGAUGCUUCGUACGGGCUCAGAGGGAUUUUCAAAUACCCGCAGUAGUUCUAUAUCGUCCCGCAUGCUGUCGCGCGCGUCCUCCCUUCGUGCUUCUGGAAACCCGACACCCCCUCCCCGGUCUGAUCCACUGGGACCAGCAGCGCAACCUCCUUAUCUCCCCAAGGAUCAAUAUUCAUGCCGUCUGGGCGGUCCCCGCGUCUAUGAUCUUCUAAAUACAAUGUCACUAGAUAAGUUUGGUGUCCUCGCAUGGGUUAUCCUUGAUCGGGAAGAAGAAAUUUUCGAGAUAGACGAUGUGAGAGAUGAAGACAAGGUCAUGCAGGCGCUUUGGCUCCGCUGGAUAUUUCUGAAUCGGAACAAAUUCGUUGCAAAUUUCUUUGAAGGAACGAGGUCGUUCAUCAAGGACAAUUGGCGAAUGAUACAUCUAGCUGCUGGACUGGCUGCUUUAAGAACGUGGCUUCUCGUUCUCAACAUAAACAACUUUUUGGUGACUCCGGAUGUCGUCACGCUCUUGCGUGAUUAUCGAGGUUUGACGAAUAAGCAGCAGUGGCAUGAUAGUGGUAAUGCAGUACAGAAUGAGGUUGCACCUGUAUAAUAUCUCGUCGCAGUCAAAACUGUGGUCUAGCAAAUGUUUCUUUAAAUGUCUCCGCGGAUGUAUUGAACAGGUGUCCUUGGUAAACUUGUGUGGAGU